UGCGCGAUGGCCGCUCUCUUCAUAAUAUUAGGCAUUUAGAGACUCAAAACAAGUCUCCAGUGCUCCGCGGGGGCUCGCGUUUGUCUCGACUACCAACCGGAAUGUUAGCGGCAUCAUUUGGGCCCGCUACUUUCGCGUGAGCGUGGGUCUCGGAGCUGUCCCGUUUGUGUUUUGCUGUAGGAUGGAUCCAGACAGUGGUGCAGACACACAAAAGGCUGUGAGUUUGCAGUGGAAGAGCUUCAAACUGGUCCAGGACCCGGCCAUCAGACGGGUCGCGCAAAAGAUCUACAGAUACGAUGGAGUGCAUUUCAGCGUGCCUGAUUCUGGAUUCCCGCCUGUGGGUGAACUGCGAGACCCAAGACCCCGCAGAUUAUGGUCCAGGUAUACAGAGAUGGUCCUGCCGGUGCCAAAGUUUAAGCUGGACGACUUCUACGUGGGUCCCAUCCCCCUCAAGGAGGUGACCUUUGCCCGGCUCAACGACAACAUCAAGGAGCCCUUCUUGGCCGAGAUGUGCGCCAAGUUUGGCGAGGUAGAGGAGAUGGAGAUCCUGUUCCACCCCAAGACCAGAAAGCACCUGGGCCUGGCUCGGGUGUUGUUCACCAGCACACGUGGGGCCAAGGACACCGUCAAGCAGCUGCACAACACUUCGGUCAUGGGUAACAUCAUCCACGCGCAGCUGGACAUCAAAGGCCAGCAGAGGCAGAAGUAUUACGACCUGAUUGUGAACGGCUCCUACACGCCUCAGACGGUGCCCUUGGGGGGCAAGGCCUUAGUAGACUGCCUGGCACCGCAAACCCCCACGCAGCAGCAGCAGCAGCAGCAGCAGCAGCAGCAGCCUGAUGUGUCUUCUGAUAUCCGCCGGCGGCUCUCCAGCGAGUUGGCAGUGUUGGCGGCGGGCGUUCAGCAGGCGCUCAAGUCCGGAAACGUCACUCCCGGCUCGGCGGAUACCGGUUUCGGCGAGCAGCGCCUGGACACGCCGCCGUCGUCGUCCGUGACGGGCGGCUACACCUCGGGGUCCUCGGCGUCCUCUCAGAGCGGAACACCCUACAGCUCCAGAUCCGGGACGCCGUUCUCUCAGGAGUCUGGCUAUUCGGGAACCGCAGUAAGCGGUGGAUUCAAAGUGUCCCGCUACUCCGAGGACGCUCACGAACCUUCCUUGUACCACCGAGGUCGUCCCGGGUACCUUCCGCCCGCUUCGUACCGUCCCAACGAGCCGCCCUGCUAUCCGCCGUAUCCCAACGCGGGUGGUCCCCACGUGGCGCACCACUCCACCAUGCCCCCGCCACUUCUGGGGUCCCAGUACGACCAGCCUCUCGUGACCGAGCGAGACAGAGACUCGGGAGGGCGCUACGGGACAGCGGGCAGCGUCUCCUCCAGGCGGGCGUCUUACCAUCACCAGCAGGAUGGCAACUCCUCCUCCUCCUCCUCAUCAUCCAAGUAUCAUUCCCAUCACUCGCACCAUCACUCGGAGCGUCGGGACGAGCGGGGAUACCGACGCGACAGCGUGGGUUCGCGUGAACACGGACACCAGCGGCACCGGAACCACCACCACUCGCACAACCACCACGGCAGCCGCAGGAAGAGCAGCCGAGACCGGGAGCGGGACAGAGACCGCGAGCGGGACGGCGACCACUCCAGCAGCUCGGACCCCAGAUACAAUUCCAACUCGUACCGCUCCUCCUCCAACAGCAUGUCCCCGCCGCCCUCGUCCUACUCUUCGUAUGGCGCAUCCAAAGAUCCUGCCCCGGCGCCUCCUCAGGGAUCGGAUACGUCCACUCGCCUCCCUGAGAGGGCUGCGGCACCUUUGGCGGGUGCCCUGGCGCCGCCGCCGCCGCCACCUCCCCCGCCGCCCCCGCCGCUGCCACCGGCAUCUGUCAUUGCUGCCGCUGUGGCAGAGACACUGGGAGCGCUUGAUUUCAAGCAGGAAAGUCCCGCUCGAGAGGAGCAGUGGACAAAGCCCAAACGCCGUCCCAGCACGCCGCCGAUCCCGCCCAAAACACCACCGCCGCCACCUUUGUCCCCUUCCCAUUCCUCCGGCGCCUCCUUAUCCACUUCCCCUUCUUCCACCUCCCUCCCCCAACACCCUGCCGCCUCCGCUAGCCCACCAGCGGGUCGCCGACGCGGUUCUGGCUCACCGGAGCCGGACUCGACCAACGAAAGCUUACCGUUCGCCUACCACGGCAGCAGCCUGGACUCCCGCAUUGAGAUGCUCCUGAAGGAGCAGAAGGCCAAAUUCUCCUUCCUGGCUUCUGACGAAGAAGAGGAAGAAGAUAAGCAGAGGGGUGAACGCCUGACAAAAAAAGGGCGAGCGGGCAGCGCCGGGGGUGAGCGCCCUCGCGCCAACCAGACGGGCGACGACGGGGACAAGGCUAAAGGGGAGCGCGACGGCCUCAGGAAACGAGGAAAAGGGAGCGACGCUCGGAAAAGUCCCGCGGAGCCGCCGGCUCCCCCGCCCUCUUCUUCGGCGCGCUCGCCUCGCGUCCCGCUCCCAGACGAGCCCCCGCCGCCGGUCCACCCAGCAGAGACGGACGGCGUCGCAGACGAGUCAACGCGGGAUGGGAGCGCUGACGAACCAAAAAGGACGGGGGCCCGCACGCCGCCUUACAAUGGCCAGAGUCAGUCCUCCCCUCGUUCCUCAGGAGAAGACAUGGAAAUCUCCUCGGAGGAGGAGGAGGGCGAGGUGUCCAUCACGACGGUCACCAGCCACCAGCCUUCCAUCACUUCCUGCUCCUCGCCGUCGUCCUCCCAGGCGGCCGUGCCGUCGCAGGCGGAGCCCUCGUCGUCGCCCAUCUCUGAAUCAACGCAGCACUUUGGUGCCUCCAUGCACCCGCCCAUCCCCUCUUACCCACCCCGCCUGCCGCCGCCGCCGCCGCCGGGCUACUCCCUGCAGCCGCCGCCGCCCCACAUGGACCUGCACCCAGAGUACCCUCCUCCGCCCAUGUCCCACCACAUGUACGACUAUGCCACCUCAAUGGAACUGAUGAACCAGUACACCGGCGGGGCGCCCAUGUCCUUCCAGAUGCAUACGCACAUGCUCAGUCGGCUGCACCAGAUGCGCGCCUCGUCUUCUAACGGCACGCCGAGCGAGGCUGCCACGGGAGACUACUCGUCCUACCACCUGCACUCGCUGCAGCACCCGUUCAUGGAACAAGAGGGGAGCGGGGCGCACUACGAGCAGGACCAGCGCUAUAUGCCGCCCCACAUGCUUCCCUACCCUUACACCGAUCCGCACGGCACCCAGAUAGCUCCCCCUUCGCACCUGCCGCCUCCGGCGUGGUCGUCGCAAAUGGUGGCCACGCACUACCCCUCCUACAUGCCGCCGCCGCCGCCCGCCUACGACACGGUGCCGCCCGGCGAGGACGGCGAGUACCAGACCCCCGCCGCCGCCGCCGAGGAGGUAGCCGUCAACUCGGACAAUCCUCACGAAGCCACCGUGCAAAUGGCGCUGGCCACGCUCAUCCAGGAGAUGAAGAGCAUCAUGCAGAGGGACCUGAACCGCAAGAUGGUGGAGAACAUUGCUUUCGCCACAUUUGACGAGUGGUGGGACCGAAAGGAAACCAAGGCUAAGCCAUUCCAAACCAUGUCGGCCAUGCGCGACGAGGAGAAAAAAGAGGAGAAGGUGAACCGUCCUCGGGAGCCCUUAAUGUCUCUGGUGGACUGGGCCAAAAGUGGCGGCGUGGAGGGCUUUUCCCUGCGUGGAGCACUCAGGCUACCUUCUUUUAAGGUGAAGAGGAAAGAACCUCAAGAGCUCACGGAAGGAGACAUGAAAAGACCGCGCCCGUCGACGCCGCCUGACGAGGAAGACGAAGGCGCCAACGGGAUCGUGCCGGACGUCGGCCGAGCGGGACGAGACAACAAGAGAAGGAAAAAGAAGCCCAGGAGUCGCAAACCUUGGGAGCUGGACAGCGAGGGAGAAGAGACGUCUGACGCCUCCUCCUCCGAUAAGGAUGAUGGGGAAGUGGAGGCCAGUGACAAGUCUGAUGAUGACGCCCUCAGCGCCGACAGCGACGACGAGAGCCUCUCCUCCUCCUCCUCCGAGGGCUCUUCCUCCGAGGCAUCCUCAUCGUCUUCCUCUGAGGAGGAAGGAGAGAUGCGUGACAGCGACACCAUGGAUGAGUCCACCAUGGACAGCAGCACGUUGCUGGCAAAAGACGGCAGGGCGAAGAUACUUACAAAGGCAGAGCUCAAACUUGGUGACACCAAAGCAGGACUCCCCUCCAAGCGACCGCCAUCCCCGCCGUACCCUCGGCCUCCGUCCCCCGUGGUCCUGGUGCCCCCUCUCAAGAAGCGGCGAAAGACCGUCUCCUUCUCCACCGAGGAGAACGAAAGCAAAGAUCUGUCGCCGUCUUUGCCACCGUCGCCCUCGCCAACGCCGCUCGACUCGCUCUCGCCCGCCCGACCGUUGGACGGUCGCGUCGGCGCCGGCCUGCGUCCCGCUCACGGCAUUCAGCUUCUGCCCUUCGCCUCCAAACCGGGCCAGGCCAACGCGCUCAUCGUGCCGCCGUGCGGGCGCUCUACGGAUUCGGAGGAUUCCAAAAAGGCGGCCCCUCAGAUCCCCACCAAGGCGGCCGGAAAACGGGGCAAAGAGUCCCCCAGAUCUUCUGCUCCCCCUGUCAUGGUGUGCCGCACGGUGCAGAACCUCCCGCUGGACCACGCCUCCAUGUGCAGGAUGGCUUUCGAGGAGGCGCCCCCGUCGUCUCCUCUCAGCAAGCGAGGCCGCGGAAAGUCCCGAAGCGCCAUCAUCGCUUCUUCCCUUCGAGAAGAAGACGAGGACGAAGAGAAGGGACUGAGGCUCCGAGAGCAGCUGGGAGCGUCCAGCUUGCUGCAGCUGGCCUCGGCCGCUGACCUGUCGGUACUGGCCGACGUGGCCCUGAAGAUGGACCCCGACGCCGGAGACUCUGAGGAGACGGAGACGUCGGACGAGGCCGAGGAGCAGAAGAUGGAGGACGGUUUCUUCUCGCAGGAGGCUCUGUUGCGCAUCAUGAGCUUGGAGAGCGUGGUGGUCUUCAUGGAGCACAACUACUGUAGAGCCCCUGUCCUCGCGGCACCGCCUGCCUCCAAGAAGACCUCCAAGCAGGAGUCCUCCGUCCUGCUCCCGGCCGACCUCAACUCCAUUUCCGGGGUCCUGGAGGCGCCGGAGGAGGUCAUCGGCGAGGCCCUUCCCUCCAGAGGCGACGCGGGAGAGUACUUGGGAUUGCUCUCCGAGGAGUCCAAUCAGACCAGCGCCGCCACGUUUGCUACAAAGAGGUUACAGGCCAGCAAAGCGCUGGCGCUUGAGAAGAGCAAAAAGAGGAGAAGUAAAGACAAGGAGAAUCUGGAGCUUCUGCCCACAAAGCAACCCAAGGAGACGCCAGCGGGGAAGCAAAAGAAACGCAAACAAGAGGAAUCAGAAGAGGACGUGGACGUAGAGGAGCUGGAGUCCGGUGAGCUGACCAGCACCGACUCGGAGGAGGAGUCCGCGGCGGAGGACGUGAGGAAGAGCGAACGGCUCUUCCUGCAGGAGGCCGGCUUGGCGUCCGCCAAAGCCGCGCCGGCCCCCGAGCCUCCGGCCAUCAAGUACGAGAACCGCAGUGAAUUUGAGCAGAUGACCAUCCUCUAUGACAUCUGGAACUCCGGCCUGGACGGCGAGGAUCUGAUGCUACUGAAGACGACGUACGAGAAGCUGCUGCAGAACGACCACAACUCCGACUGGCUCAACGACACCCACUGGGUGCAGCACACUGUGACCAACUUGCCCAACCCUCGGCGGAAGAAGAGGAACGCCGACGGGCAGUUGCGCGAACACGUGACGGGCUGCGCCAGGAGCGAAGGUUACUACGCCAUCAGCCGCAAGGAGAAAGACGUCUACCUGGACUUGGACCUGCCCGAGCAGGUCAUACGGGAGGUGGAGAAUGUGGACAGCUCGGGCACCAACCGCGUGCUUUCAGAGCGCCGGUCGGAGCAGCGGCGCCUCCUCACCGUCAUCGGCACGCCAGCCGUCAUGGACUCUGACCUGCUCAAGCUCAAUCAGCUCAAGUUCCGCAAGAAGAAGCUUCGAUUCGGACGCAGCAGAAUUCACGAGUGGGGUCUCUUCGCCAUGGAGGCCAUCGCCGCCGACGAGAUGGUCAUCGAGUACGUGGGGCAGAACAUAAGACAGAUGGUGGCGGACAAUCGCGAGAAGCGCUACGCCCAGCAGGGCAUCGGCAGCAGCUACUUGUUCCGAGUGGACCACGACACCAUCAUCGACGCCACCAAGUGUGGAAACCUGGCCCGCUUUAUCAACCACUGCUGCACUCCCAACUGCUACGCCAAAGUGAUCACCAUCGAGUCCCAGAAGAAGAUUGUCAUCUACUCCAAGCAGGCCAUCGCCGUCAACGAGGAGAUCACGUACGACUACAAGUUCCCGCUGGAGGAGAACAAGAUCCCGUGCUUGUGCGGCACCGAGAACUGUCGCGGGACGCUCAACUGAGGCUCCCGUCGCUCGCCACCCCGCCACUCGCACUUUUGGUGGAUCCACGCACGCACGCACGCAGGCACGCACAAGGAAGUCAACACAAAUUCAGGGUUUUAAAACUUUUAAUCCCACACGUUCCGCUUCUGUUCUACAAGCUUCCUCCUUGCUUUGGGAUUGUUUUGGAUGCUAUUAUAUGUUCUCUCAAAUAAGCGUCCCUGUUAUCCGGAUCCUCAAGUUAUCUGCCACUUCCAAACCAAAACAGUUAGUUAGUUGUUGGUGUUUCUUUGUUUUUUGGAAACAUUAUUUUGGUGCUGUUUCCGUUUUUGUUUUAUUUCUCACGCCAAAUCCCCUGCAGGUUUUGUUGUCGCCGUGUGUUUGCACAAGUGUUUUUAGCAGGCACGUUUUUUGCAUUGGGUUAUAAAAACAAAAAUGGAAAGGGGGGGGGGGGGACGACAACUCCAGGUUAUUUUUUUGCAGACGGGAUAUAUCGUUCAAAAAAAGCGACUUCUUCAAAGUCUCUAUGGAGUAGCAAAAAGCAAAAAGUCUUUCUGCUUUCAUGGUUGAAGUGAUGACAAAAAGAAAAUGGAUGUAAAUAAGUGUUUGUUUCUCGUAGAAACGCACGGAGCUGUAAAUAGACUCUCUCUCUCUUUCUCUCUCACUCCCUGUCCCUUGUUCUUUCUAUCCACGCCAGGACACAUGUACAUACUUCAACUCGUUUAUUUUGUAUGGUUCUUCCUCGUUUUAAUAUUAUUUGCAAUCUUGUAUUAAUGCGUUGGACCCUUUAUUAAUGGUGCAUUAAAAUAUUUUUUAAAGAAA